AUGGGGCAUUCCAGUAUGAAGCCCACCUUCUCCCCCAAGCGCGACCUGAGCAGUCCCCGCUCCUCCACCAUCCUCGAGCGCCGCUCCUCCCUGACAGCCGCAUCCUCCCCGAUCGCCGCCUCCUCGACUGUUGACUCCUCCCCGACUGCGCCGCCUCCUCCCCAGCCGCUGCCUCCUCCUGACGCCUCCUCCCCAACUGCACCUCAAAGUGCCGCCUCCUCCCGACGCGUCGCCACUCCUCCUCUUGACACGUCGACUCCUCCCCGACCGUGGCGCCUCCUCCCCGGCCGCCGCCUCCUCCCGACGCCUUCUCCCCUGCCGCACCUCAAUGCGGUGCCUCCUCCUGAUGUGCCACCGCUCCUCCUCCUGACGCGCUGA